AUGACCAUGCCCCUCGCUCAGAGCCUGGGCCAACGGCCCUGGUCUGAGCGUCACCCGCGAACAUCAAAAAUUAUCACACCCCUUGCGCGGAGCCUCCGGCGACGGCUUCGGUCUCAGCGCCACACCCGAACGUUCACCGUCAUUCGGGGUUUUACUAAGAGCCUCUGGCAGCGGCUUCGGGGUCAGCGCUCGCCAUACUUGACCCUUUCCCUUGAAUCUUCUCACUCGGACCUCAUCCCAGAGUUGGUUGCUUCGCCUCAUGUCAACCAGCUUGAAGACGUGAGCAUGAUCGAUGCGUCAGUGGUGGUAGCAGCUGGAGAUCAGCAUGACAUCUUGACCCAAAAUUCCCCCAGCGGCUCCGAAAAAGAGCCACUUGUUUAUGCUCAGCUAGCCAACGAGUCUCAUGAUCUCGUUCUAGAAAAACUUCCCGCCGAGCUCCGACUUCAUGUCCUUUCACAGUUGGACAUGGAAAGUUUGAAAUCCUUGGUCCAUGCUUCACCCGUGUACCACGCGCAGUAUUUGAUGGACCGCAAGCAACUUCUAUUCAAGACUCUCAUGACCACGCUCGGAGGUGCUGCUCUAGAUGCACAGCUGGCUUUCCAUUCCGGCAAAAAGGAGUUCCAGGAUGUACUUUCCAGAGAGACUGUGGAGCGGUUCCUACGGUCAUAUGAAACUUACCGUUCGUCCUCGCCGUGGCAUCUUCCCCACGCCAUGUCUGGCGAUGGCGCAGCCUUCGACAAUUUUUGUCUCAACGAUACCUUCACCCUUGCCGAAGUGAGUUCAAUGGUGAAAUUUCACAGCUCGGUCAUCAAACCUCUCGUGCAGUAUUUCGCGGAAUGGGCAUUGGAAAAUAUGAUACAGCUUCCUGGGGCUCAGUCGUAUUCUCAACCUCUCAGUGAGACCGAGAAGGUUCGACUUUUCCGUGCUCUUUACCGCUACCAAAUCUGCUGCAACUUAUUUGGGUCGCAGCUUGGGGAACUAGAGGCCACUCACUUCGACGCGGAAUACAUUCUCAUGCAAUUGGAGACGCUGUUUGAACCUUGGGAGAAUGAGGAGGUUGUGUGUAUUACACUUUUCUUCGAAAGCAAGUCCAAUACCCUUGCCACAGUCAUCCGCAGGGAUUUGGAUGGGAAUCACGACAAGUGCGAUGAGGAAUUGAAACCACAACUAGACAACCCAUUCGGACCCAGCGAUGAAUCCGAACAGGAUCAUAUCCGCGGUCUUCUCUCACGGGGCUUAUCUAUCUUGAAAGAAACCCUCUGGGAUAUCAAGGAUCGCUCUCAGUUACUCUCAAGUCUACGGCAGAAUGCAAUUGACAUGAUGGAGGGUCAUUUCCUGGGAACCUCCGGAUGGGAUGCUUUUGGACUGGAUACAAUAACAGGCAGAAUGGCCCGUGAUGAAUGCGAGCGGGACAUCAAAGAACGAGAAAGAGUCUCGUUGCCUUUCCGGGGCGACCACACGAUGGAUCCGGAUGGAGUCUACCCACCCUUCGCAUGGACUGUCGUGUGGCUGGGAACUUACAGCAACCAACUUGGAACAUCUAUUGGAGAUAACAUUCACUGCUGGGGGUAUGUCUUCUGGGACUCGACCCGAAUGGAAGGCAUGGGUGCAAGGGAGGUACUCAAGCGCCAGUGUGGAUUUUGGCGCUGGGGACUGGAGGACCCAAGAGAUCGGCUGGCACUUGAUGAACUAGUUUCAGAGGAGGAUGAAGAUUCUUAG